AUGAGUGCUGAACUACGAAAUAUGGAUGAGAAAUCAUUCAAAUUAGCUCAAGAUAAUUGCCAAUCUGACAGCAUUAUUUCUGAAAUCGAACAUGAAACUGUCUCUUUCAGUCAUGGUGUUGAUACGAAUAACGAAGGUGGUUCAUCCUUCUUGGCCUAUUUUAAUGUUGUUUGUGUUGUAGCUGGUACAGGUGCACUUGGUCUACCUUAUUCAUUAAAACAAGGAGGAUGGAUAGGUUUGUUUAUCCUUGGCCUUAGUUGGUUAUUUUCAACAUACUCUGGAGUUGUUUUAAUUCGAUGCUUAUAUCACAAUGGAAAGACUCGACUGUCAUCUUACCAAGAAGUGGCCGAAGCUGCCUUUGGUCCAAUCGGAGGCUGGUUAUCCUUUUUCUUUACUGCUGUCACUCUUAUUGGUGUACCCGUGCUUUACUUGCUAUUGGCUGGUCAAAACCUGCAUAAGGUUUGUGAGGGGACAAGAGCCGAACUGAACUUUCCUAUUUGGGUCAUCAUCUGUUCUGUCAUCGUUGCGAUUCCUUUCCUUUUCUUUAGAUCCAUGAAAGAAGUUGGCGUCUUGAGUGCCUUUGGUAUGUUGGCCACUGUUGUUGUUGUCCUCAUCGUUGUCGUGGUUGCUCUUCAGGAUAAAGUCAACUAUCCUAAUGUGGAACAUCACAACGUCAUUUGGGACCAAUUCCCUAUUGCUCUUAGUUCAAUUACGUUCAGUUUUGGUGGAAAUCCAGUCUAUGCCCACGUCGAAGCAGGCAUGAAACACCCUCAGAAUUGGAAUAAGGUCAUCACAGCUGGAUUAGCCACUUGUUCCGGCCUUUACUUUUUAACUGCUAUUCCUGGCUACUAUGUCUACGGAGACAGUACCGCAUCGCCAGUCUAUAACAAUAUUCCAGACGGAGCAGCCAAGAUUGCGUCGAUUGUGAUCAUCACAGUACAUGUUUUGAUGGCCUGUCCUAUCUUGAUGACAUCCUUUGCUUUGGAUCUUGAAAAACUCUUUGGUAUCUCAUCCUUUAAUCACUCCAAGCUCACCGAAUGGUUCCUCCGUACUGUUGUCCGUGUAACCUUGAUGGUAAUUAUUGCUGUGAUUGCCAUCUUUGUUCCCUACUUUGGCGAUUUUAUGUCUUUACUUGGUGCCUUCUCCAACUGUGCACUUAUCCUCAUCUUUCCUAUUUUAUUUUAUCUCAAGCUGACAGGCAUCAGAAACAAGUCCAUCUUUGAACUGUUCCUCUGUUUCCUUGUUGUUCUACUUGGUAUUGUCGGCCUUAUCUUUGGUACAAAAUCUGCUAUAGAAGCAUUAAAGAGUGAUUUUCAGAAUGCAAAAUAGAGACAUUAGAGAGAGAAAGUUGUAAAUACACACAUAUCCCUCUUUCAUUUAUAUAUUUGUACAGUAAAUUAAUACAGUAACUAGAAGACUAAUGAAUAAA